AUACAAUACCAGGACACAGACAAGAAUCAUGGAGCAAGAACAAGCCAGUAGAUUUGAGAGAAUUGAAAAAGCUCAAGAAGAACUAAAAGGAGAUCUUAGCGUAAUAAUGGCUAUGCUCAAAAAGCUUGACAAGGCAAAAGCAGUGGAAGAAAAUCCUAGCCUUCAAGAGCAAUCACCAGAUAUGGUCGAUCCUGUCUAUCCUCCAGGGUUUGAACCACGACUGAACCAACCUUCACAAGGAACUAGACUACCAGUUCCUACUCUUGGUGGAUAUCCUAAUCCUUAUCCAGGAAUAACAUCCACACCUGCUCCAGGACAAUUUCAAAAUUUUGUUAAUCCCAUUAUGAUGGAAAAACCAUCUGAGCCAAUCUUAGUACCUGAUUUGGAUGAUCCCAAGGAAAGAGAAAAGCUAGGGAUCCAGACACCUGAAAAGGUAGAAGAUACUAGUGCCCGGGAGAAGAUGAAGUUAUUGGAAGAAAGGCUUAGGGCUGUAGAGGGAAUGAAUUUUUAUGGCUCCACAGAUGCGGCUGACCUUUGUUUAGUUCCAGACGUGGUAAUUCCAACUAAAUUCAAGGUCCCUGAAUUUGAAAAAUAUGAUGGCACAAAAUGUCCAAUGACCCACAUCAUCAUGUAUUGUCGAAAGAUGGCAGCAUAUGCUCGAGACGAGAAGUUGUUAAUGCACAUAUUUCAAGAUAGUCUCACGGGUUCUGCAGCUAGAUGGUAUGUCCAACUAGAUAGAACUCGUAUUCAUUCUUGGCAAGAGCUUACAAAGGCAUUCCUUACACAAUAUCGUCAUGUCACGGAUAUGAUUCCAGAUCGUCUAUCUCUUCAAAGCAUGGAAAAGAAAGCAACUGAAAACUUCAAGGAGUAUGCACAAAGGUGGAGAGAUGUGGCUGCACAAGUCCAACCUCCUCUCACUGAAAAAGAAACAACUAUUUUAUUUGUGAACACCUUGAAAGCACCAUAUUAUGAGAGAUUGAUAGGCAAUGCAACCAAGAACUUUACAGAUAUGGUGAUAUCAGGAGAGAUCAUUGAAAGUGCCAUAAAAAAUGGUAAGCUUGAUGUGGGAGAGACAAGUGGAGCAAGAAAGAGUGGAGCUCCUAGAAAGAAAGAGAAUGAGGCCCAAGCAGUAAAUUUUGUGGGGCAACAAUUCAGAGGUUUCACACCCUACUCUGUACCAGUCUACCAAACCCAUUACCCUUCUGUAAACCAUGUUACAUCCACCCCCCAUUCAUAUCAACCAUACCAGUCAUUACCACAACCAGCUUAUUCACCCCGUUUUCAGCCAUCCUUUCGAACACCCACCUAUUCCUAUAAUCGUCCUGUUAUACCUACAAGACCAGACUGGAGACCUAAUAGUGGUCCAAGAGCCCCAAGAAAUACCCAAGAAAAACUCACUUUCGAUCCCAUUCCCAUGACAUAUACAGAUUUGUAUCCUCGACUUGUUGAGAAACAUCUGCUUGCUCCUGUUAUCAUUGAACCUAUGAAACCUCCGUUUCCCAAAUGGUAUGACCCCAAUGCACAUUGUGAUUAUCAUUAUGGGAAUCCAGGUCAUUCCACUGAGAACUGUACUGCUUUGAAGCGUAAAGUGCAGGGGUUAAUCAAUGAAGGAGUAUUAAAUUUUGAUACCAGCCAACAAGGGACUCCAAAUGUCAAUGGGAACCCUCUACCGAAUCAUACCAGACCAUCAAUAAAUGCUUUGAUUGAUGGGCAAACAAGCUAUGUGAAAAGAAGAAUAGAAGAGGUCAAAACUCCUAUGGCUAAGGUGUUCGAAGUAUUGGUCAAAACUGACAUGUUGAAGCCAAUAGAACCUCAAAAUUACUCUGAAAUAAUAAACUCAACUGAAAGCUGCAAUUAUCACAGAGGUGUUCUGGGGCAUUCUAUCCAGAAUUGUCAUCAAUUUCGUCAGGAGGUGCAAAAAUUGAUAGAUGAAGGUCGAAUGGAGUUUUAUCAAGAAAGAGGAGAGUUGGUGAAAACUGAAGUGUCUACCAUUGAUUCAAAGAAUAAGUUUGUACGUAGACCGGUAACUAUCUAUUAUGAUGAAAAGCCAACAUCAAAGCUAGAAAAACCCGUCUCUCGACCAGUGGUGACAAUUAAAGUUCCUGGCCCUUUUCCAUAUCAGAAUGAUAAAACAGUACCUUGGAAGUAUGAUUAUGAUGUCGUAGUUAACCCAGAUACUGCCAACAUAACGGGUGUAGGAGGCAUAACUCGAAGUGGGAGGUGUUAUACCCCAGAAGCUCUAGAAAAAGCUAGAAAGGAGAAAGCCAAAGUAGGAGAAGAAAAUGAAAAUCAGAGUGGUCUUGACACAACCCUAGAAAAAGAAUGGCAGAAGCCAGUAUCUGAAAGUGAAGCAGGUGAAUUUUUGAAGUUAAUAAAACAUAGCGAGUAUAGCGUGGUAGAACAGCUGAACAAGAUGCCAGCUAGAAUUUCGCUAUUGUCAUUAUUGCUCAGUUCAGAGUCACACCGUAAUGCUUUGCUGAAAGUGCUAAAUCAAGCAUAUGUGUCUCACAAUGCUUCUGUUGAAUAUGUGGAACAGCUUGUUGGCAAUCUGACGAUUUCAAACUAUAUCUCUUUCAGUGAUGAAGAGAUUCCUCCUGAAGGUAGAGGAAGUACCAAGGCUCUUCACAUUACUGUGAAAUGUAAAAGUCAUAUAAUGGCUAAGGUUUUGAUUGAUAAUGGUUCAUCCAUCAAUGUUAUGCCUGUGACUACUUUGACAAAACUUCCUGUUGAUGGAUCUUAUAUGAAACCUAGUCAUAUGAUAGUGAGAGCCUUUGAUGGAACCAGAAGAGAGGUGCUAGGAGAUAUAGAAGUGCCAUUGCAAAUUGGCCCAUGCAUUUUCAAUGUGAAAUUUCAAGUUAUGGACAUCUCUCCUUCAUACAGUUGCUUAUUGGGUAGGCCGUGGAUCCAUAUGGCAGGUGCUGUUCCAUCCUCAUUACAUCAAAAAGUCAAAUUCAUUGUUGAAGGGAAGCUAACAUGUGUGGCAGGAGAAGAAGAUUUAUUGGUAACUCAACCGAUAAAUACUCCUUAUGUGGAAUCAGCAGAUGAAGCUUUAGAAUGCUCUUAUAGAUCUUUCGAGAUUGCCAAUGCAACAUAUAUAGCUGGAGGAUCUAAAUUGUAUUCGCCAUACUUAUCUACGACUACUAAAAUGGUAGUCAAACAGCUUACCAAGAUGGGAUGGCGACCUGAAGCCGGACUUGGGAAGAACCUGCAAGGAAUCACGAAGCCAUCGACUAUAAAUGAAAAGAGAGAUAGAUUUGGCUUGGGAUAUAAGCCAACAAGAGGGGACAGAACAAGAAUGGUGAAUGAGAAAAGAGAUAAGAGGAUAGCUAAUCUUAAGGGAUAUGAGCUGGAGUCAGAGCCUAUAGUCAUUCCACACCUCUAUGAUUCUUUUCACUCAGGAGGAUACAUUUAUUCAGAUUUACCGAGAGCCUCAAGUGCAGGAUUCAUGGAAAAAUUUUCAGAGCUGGCCAUUCAAAUGGUGGAUGAUGGGGAAAAGAAGAGUCGAAGUGAAGAGUUGUUCGUGUACCCUUGUCCUUCAGAUUUUGAGCUGGAUAAUUGGAAAGUUAUGGAGCUGCCUGUUGUUUUUAAAACUUUGGAAAAGUUUGAAAACUUAAUUCAUGUUGAUGAACUUGAUAAUGAGGAAGAUUCAGAUAACUACACAUUGCCUCUUGAUUUGUUAAAAUUAAUAGAACAUGAAGAUAAGCCAAUUGAACCCCACCAAGAAAUUACUGAAUCAGUAAAUUUGGGAGGUGGUGAGAACAAAAGAGAGGUCAAAGUUGGUACAUCUCUUUUACCAGCUGAAAGACAGAAGCUAGAAGAGCUACUCCGAGAAUAUGUAGAUGUGUUCGCAUGGACUUAUCAAGAUAUGCCAGGACUCAGCACUGAUAUUGUAGAGCACAAGUUACCUUUAAAAUCAGGAUGUAAGCCGAUGCAGCAAAAGCUAAGGCGCAUGAAACCAGAGAUGCUGCUGAAAAUUAAAGAGGAAGUGAAGAAACAAUUCGAUGCUGGAUUUUUGGAAGUGGCAAAAUAUCCUGAAUGGGUAGCCAACAUAGUGCCAGUUCCUAAGAAGGAUGGAAAAGUGAGAAUGUGUGUCGAUUAUCGAGAUCUGAAUAGAGCAAGCCCUAAGGAUAACUUUCCUUUACCUCACAUCGAUACUCUAGUGGAUAAUACUGCUAGGCACUCCACGUUUUCCUUUAUGGAUGGUUUCUCAGGCUAUAAUCAGAUCAAGAUGGCUCGAGAUGAUAUGGAGAAAACUACAUUUGUGACCAUGUGGGGAACAUUCUGUUACAAAGUCAUGCCUUUUGGGUUGAAAAAUGCUGGUGCUACUUAUCAAAGAGCAAUGGUGACUCUUUUUCAUGACAUGAUGCAUAAAGAGAUAGAAGUGUAUGUGGAUGAUAUGAUUGCAAAAUCUCGUGAAGGAGAGGAUCAUAUCGUCAAUCUCAAAAAGCUGUUCGACAGGUUGAGGAGAUUUCAGUUGAAGUUGAAUCCUGCCAAAUGUACAUUUGGAGCCAAAUCAGGAAAACUAUUGGGCUUUGUAGUCAGUGAAAAAGGAAUCGAAGUGGACCCGGAUAAGAUACAAGCCAUCCAAAACUUAUCUCCUCCUCAUACCUCAAAAGAAGUGCGAGGUUUCUUAGGGAGAUUAAAUUAUAUUGCUCGCUUCAUCUCUCAACUCACUUAUAAGUGUGAUCCUAUUUUCAAGCUUCUCAGAAAACAUGAUCCUGGAGAAUGGAAUGACGAAUGCCAAGAAGCUUUUGAUAAGAUCAAAGAAUACUUGUCAAAUCCACCUGUGUUGAUGCCACCAAUGCCAGGAAAACCUUUGAUUUUGUACUUGACAGUGCAUGAAAAUUCAAUGGGAUGUGUGCUGGGGCAAAGAGAUGAAACUGACAGGAAAGAACGAGCAAUUUACUACUUGAGCAAGAAGUUCACUGAUUAUGAGUCAAAGUAUUCACCAUUAGAGAAGAUGUGUUGUGCAUUAACCUGGACAGCUCGAAGGCUUAGACAAUACAUGCUUUAUCACACUACUUGGCUCAUAGCAAAGCUGGAUCCUAUUAAGUAUGUCUUCGAAAAGCCCUCAUUGACAGGAAGAAUAGCACGGUGGCAAGUUAUGCUUUCAGAAUAUGAUAUCAUUUACGUGACUCAAAAAGCUAUUAAAGGGAGUGCAAUAGCUGAAUUCCUUGCUGAUCGUGCAGUCGAAGAUUAUGAGCCAAUGAAAUUAGAUUUUCCUGAUGAGGAUGUGAUGGCCAUUGAAAAAAAUGAACCUGUUGAAAAAUCAUGGAGGAUGUAUUUUGAUGGAGCUGCUAAUGCUUUGGGUCAUGGUAUUGGGGCAAUUUUGAUAUCUCCUGAUGGACAUUAUUACCCCAUCACAGCCAGAUUAAAUUUUAAUUGCACAAACAAUGUGGCUGAAUAUGAGGCCUGUGUUAUGGGUCUACAAGCAGCAAUUGAAAAGAAGAUCAAAAUGUUAGAUGUGUUUGGAGAUUCAGCUUUAGUCAUCUAUCAGUUACGAGGUGAAUGGGAAACAAGAGACUCUAAGUUGAUUCGGUACCAUAAAUACAUCUCUGAGUUGGUUAAGCAAUUUAAAGAAGUUCAGUUUGAGCAUCUACCCAGAGAGGAAAACCAAAUUGCUGAUGCACUGGCUACUCUAGCUGCAAUGAUCAAAAUAGAUGCAAAUACUGAAAUCCAACCCAUCAAGCUGGAUGUGAAAGAUAUACCAGCACAUUGCUCAGGUGUUGAAAAAGAAAUUGAUGGAAGGCCAUGGUAUCAUGAUAUCAUGCAAUACAUUAAAAGCCAGCAGUACCCAGAACAUGCAACAGAAAAUGAUAAAAGAACUAUUAGAAGAUUGGCUAUGAAUUUCUUCAUUGAUGGAGAUAUCCUUUACAAAAGAGGUCGAGAUCAAGUGCUCUUAAGAUGUGUAAAUGCAGCUGAAGCAAAGAAGAUUAUUGAAGAAGUGCAUGAUGGAAUUUGUGGGGCACAUGCAAAUGGUCAUAUGAUGGCUAGACAAAUAAUGAGGGCUGGCUAUUAUUGGUUGACAAUGGAGAGUGACUGUAUUGAUUAUGCUAGGAGAUGUCAUAAAUGUCAGAUUUAUGCUGACAAGAUUCAUGCUCCACCAUCAACAUUACACGUUCUAGCUCCUCCCUGGCCAUUCUCAAUGUGGGGUAUGGAUGUCAUUGGUCCCAUUACUCCAAAAGCUUCGAAUGGGCAUAGAUUCAUUUUUGUGAUGAUUGAUUACUUCACCAAAUGGGUAGAAGCUGCAUCAUAUGCUAGUGUGACCCGAUCUGUGGUAUGUAAGUUCAUAAAAAGAGAGAUAAUGUGUAGAUAUGGGCUUCCGGAGACAAUUAUUUCUGAUAAUGCCAAAAACUUGAACAACAAAAUGAUGAAUGAAGUAUGCACUCAGUUCAAGAUCCGCCAUCGUAAUUCGGCACCAUAUCGUCCAAAAAUGAAUGGGGCAGUGGAGGCUGCGAAUAAGAAUAUCAAGAGAAUCCUGGAGAAAAUGACUGAAACUUACAAAGAUUGGCAUGAGAAGUUGCCUUUUGCCUUGCAUGCUUAUAGAACAUCAGUCAGAACAUCUACUGGGGCCACACCGUUCUCUUUGGUAUAUGGAAUGGAAGCUGUGCUACCGAUCGAAGUGGAAAUUCCCUCACUGAGAGUCCUGAUGGAGGUAGAGUUAGAGGAAGCAGAAUGGGUUCGAAAUCGCUACGAGCAGUUAAACCUCAUUGAAGAGAAAAGACUGUCAGCACUUUGUCACGGUCAAUUAUAUCAAAAGAGGAUGAUGAGAGCACAUGACAAGAAAACUCGUCCCCGUUGCUUUAGGGAAGGAGACUUAGUGCUAAAAAGAUUCCUUCCAAAUCAACAUGAUAAUCGAGGGAAAUGGACACCAAAUUGGGAAGGCCCGUAUGUGGUGAAAAAGGCCUUUUCUGGUGGGGCAUUGAUUUUGGCAGAAAUGGAUGGAGGUGAUCUGCCUACCCCAAUAAAUUCAGAUGUUGUGAAGAAAUAUUUUGCUUAAAAAAAAAAAAAAAAAAAAGAAAAAAAUGAUGACUUAUCUAAGUUGAAAACCUGAAAAGGCGGCUUAGAUGUGAAGCAAAAGCAUCAUCAAGAAAAGAUCCCACAAUGCAGGGGCAAGUGUAGUUUGACGAACUUUGAAUAAUCAAGAAAGUCAUCUGAUUUAGUUUUAGAGAAAGAAUCUGAGAAUAUUUUGUUCAUGAUUAUCUUGUGAUCAUUCUUUUGACACCUUUAUUUCAACUCAAACACUUUGACAUACACUUGGUAUCAGCCAUAGAAAAUACAUUAUCCUUCAUUUGAAAAUAAUGCCUAUCCUUUCCUUUAUCCUUAUUCGAUAUUUUUUGUCCAUCAGAGAAAUGUGAUUGCAUUUUAUUUGUCUUGAACUUAAAAUGAUGAAAAGAAAAACAAACAUGAAAGAUCUCAGCAUUACU